AUGGAAGCCGAUAUUUUCCGUGGACUGUCUCCGAAUCUUGCAACUGACCAUAAGACUACCAGAUGGUCCGAUCCUGCAAAGAAUGCAUACGACAACGCAAUUGCGACCCUGCAAAAAGACUUUACAGAUGAGGAGUACCAGCAGUUACGGCUUCAAAGCCAGCAUUCCAUGAACGAUGUGCAGUCUGCGGUUGAGUCAGCCCGACAGGAGUAUCAGACGAAGUCAAAAGGAUCCAAGACCCAGUCUGCUUUAACAACCUGUUCAUCUAGGAUCAUGUUCUAUGGAGGCUGGGGUGCCUUAAAGUUUUUGUUCGUUGCUGUCCUCAACCAUGAAGAGCUUCUUGUUGAAAUAUCCAAAGCAGUCUCUCGGAUCGCACUCGUACUGCCUAGGACCGAGCUACACUCUGUGCUUUACCCCACGCCACGGAUGCAGGAAGCUGUAUCACAGCUAUACGCAAAGAUAAUAGAGUUCGCCUUGAUGGCAAUCAAGUGGUACAAGAAAGGCAAAUUAUCUCACUCCUUCACAGCCAUCAUCAAGCCAUUCAGUCUGGGGUUUAAACCCAUCGUCGAGGAGAUCGCCGAGCGGUCCAAGCACGUCGAUGAGCUGGCCAGCGCAGCGGUCAAAGCCGAGAUCAGAGAUCUGCAUGUAAACAUUCACAGGCAAAACAAGACUAUACUGCAAUUGACAGAAAUGGUUUCCUUCAUGCAACAGCAACAGUCUCUACAGACACAGUCACUACUGGCGUUGAAGGAAGAGCACAAACAAAUGUUCAGAGUCAGCCAACUUGAGGACAUCAGAACAGUCGCACUACUGGAAGAUACAGCCGUUGCGGAUGAUAGCCUGGCAUGGUGCCGGUCAAUGCGAAAUCGACGGAGGCAGAAAGCACCCACACAACUCCCUCUACCAGAAUUGUACAAACUCAAGACCUGGGCAAGCGAUCCCUCCUCUUCCCUCUUACUUGCAGAAGGACAAGGAGUAAAGACGAGCUCGCUCGAUUUUGCAGCCGAUUUCCUCGACAUUGUGCUUGAGCACGGGUACCCCGUCAUCUGGGCCUUGUCUUCAAUCAUCACUGAGGUCGAUGAUGAUAGUCUAGCACCGUCGAUCUCCGGAAUAGUUCGGUCACUCAUAUCACAAGCUCUAGCACUGAACGAUGCCGUGGUAAGCGAAGAUACUAAUCCGCUCACGCCCAAACACUUCAAGUCGGCUGUCAGCAUUACCCAGUGGUUCGAUAUACUCGAGCGUUGUGUAUCAACUUUCCAGCAACUUUUCAUUGUUUUAGACAUGAGUGCAAUCGAAGCUGCUUUGGAGCAAAGAGAAGCCGACAAACAGUAUUUUAGGGUCAGUGACUUCAUGGAUCGGAUCGUAAGCAUGUCACAAUCGAAAGGAAGAACUGUCAAAGUCAUCGUUGUAUCAUGGAGGUUUAGUGCAAAUACCUCCAUAGAUGCCGAAUCCAUUUUCGACGAUAGGCAUCUGUUCACUGACAGAGGACGGAAGAUUGAGCGACUGAUGAAGCAGCCCAGGUUCAGGGCUGCGUUCAAAAGAAAACAUCAGAAUUUCAACGACAGGUUCAGAUCGUCGAUUACUCUGGGAGAUGGUUGA